UCCUACUGCCAAGUCAACGCUAGACUUGCUCAUAGUCAUUUCUACAGUACCGCAGAGUCAUUAGUGAUGAGGUCUACCUUUUAAGGAAAGAGGGCAAACGAUGGGCAUGCGGGGGUAACCCAAGCCGACGCGACGCGUUCGUUCCAUUCCUGUUCCGGAUAUACAGAGACGCCCACGCUUUUCGCAUCUCAGUCACCACUUGACUUGCAGAGAUGGUAAAGCAGCUAGACGUGUUACUGAUCUCGCUUCAUCUGCUUCCAGAACUUCUAGCCUUCGCAGUGCUUUCCUCCAAAACGCUUUGCCAACCCCGAUCAUCCCGGUUCGUCAUCUGGCUCACCUCCAUUCCGAUCUACCUCUAUCUCGCACUAUUCACCAGCACCGGUACUCCGUCACUCGACUACUUCCUAGGCCAAUUCUGCGUAGUCCGCAUUCUCUCCCUUCUUGACUUUCUCGUCAUAACCGAUGCCCGGCGAGAUCUGUGGCGCGCUGAUGAUCAUGACAGUGUCAAGUUCGCUGAUCUUGGUUCUCCCCUGGCGAGAGCCGAGUGGGCCAUCGGGCUGUUGUUCUUGAACCCCAGAGGCAUAGGAUGGAAUUUCGAACCUAGGCAUGCGCUUCCCCCCCACCCGGAAGAAGGCCGACUCGACUUCGUACUGCGUCAAGCUCAGCGCGGAGUCCUCGCUUUCCUGUGGUUCGAUCUCAUGGGCACGAUAGCACGAACCGACACGGCGCUGCAGGUUGGCGGAUCAGUCCUGAAUCAAGGGUUGGGAGGGAGGGCGAUGUACACUGUUUGGUGGUUCACGACCGUCUCGUCGGGAUUUAUCGUCAGUCAUUCGAUGCUGGCGGCUUUCUCGGUAGGACUCGGGAUCUACCAACCGUCUGACUGGCCGAACCUCUUCGGUGGGGUGAAGUACAUGUACACGCUUCGGAAGUUCUGGGGUCGCGGUUGGCACCAUAACCUCCGACGGUUCCUCGUAUCCACCGCCGACUUCCUAACACUCCAAGUCCUCCAUCUGCAGCCCAGCUCCCAACUGGCCUCCUAUUCCCAACUCUAUCUCGCGUUCCUCCUUUCCGGCCUCGUCCACUUCUGCGGAAGUUACGCGCUACUUCGUUCCCCCUCACUCGCCCUCUCGACACUGCAGUUCUUCGCCUUGCAACCGCUCGUGAUCACCCUAGAAGACGGGGCGAUCGCCCUCGGCAAGCGGCUCGGCAUAAGCCCCGGAGUGGACGUGAGGAUCCUAGGGUACACGUGGACGGCAGCGUGCUUGACGGUUAUGGCGCCUUACUGGCUCGACCCGCUGGUUCAUGCUGGCCUUGCGGAUCCGGGUGAGCAGAAGAGCUUCUCAGUCGUACAGGGGUUGUGGAGGGGAGAAUGGUUUGCUCCUGUUAGGCGAUAAGCCGGGAACCGGACGACGUCGAGCUUCAUAUGUUCAUAUGCAUGAAAGUCCUCUCUGGUUGGGAACUUUAGAUGAUCACUCGGUACCUUACUUCGAUUUCGACGCCCACCGAUUCUUCAGCCCAUGUCAGAUCAGUACCGAUCACGACGAUUUUCCCCCUUCCCUUGCCCAGCCCCACUGGCAGAAGAGGACGCAGUCCGAAUCGAAUCUCUAGAUAUCAAGAACCGAAUCAAGCACAUGCCAGAGGCUCCCUCAGCUCAGCUCGAGAAGAACCCCACUCUUCCCGGAUUCGGAAGGGCACUCCAGCAAGCAGCGGGUUUGCGGAGUACGACUGGGAGGAAGGGAGCAUAACUGUACUUUGACCCGUCAUGUAGAGACGAGGGUGGUGCGUGGUUUUUGGAGUGGUAAGAACGGAGAUGCUUGAGACAUUUGGGAGACG